CGGGGGUGCGGGUGGACAUCGGCAUCGAGGAGGCCGCCGCUCGGGAGGCUGGCAAGGUCAUCGCAGCGGGGGUGGUGGUGGUGGAGGAGGAGGUGGCGGUGGAGUGCCUGGCGACAGAGGUAAUUAUGGGUAUCAGGGCGGUGGCUCGCGACAACAAGACUCGACAGAGUACUACAUGCGGGCGAUGCGCGAUGCGCUCUUCCGGAUGGGCGAUGGUGAUCCCCACGCAUACGACGAUUUCCACCCUCCUUCGGAGCUCCUGAGGCUGAGCCAUGUUGUAGACACCAAUGCGAGCUACGGCGAACGUUUCGUCGAAGGUCUUUGCCAGGCAUUUAGAGUCAUGACCACUGAGCAGCCUCACAAGCACCCACUCAUUGCUGCUCUUAUCGGCUUUCUUGUUCUCUCUCCCCAAAAGAGAGAUGAGCGGGAUCACGCGCCCGAGGCUGACGGUGAAGCUGCCAAAGAGCAGACCGGCGCAGAGGGCGAUGACUUCAACAUUGGCACAACCCUCGUCAGGGAUCUUAUCGUCUCCUUUCGCUCGGACCUCGACGCACGUCUCUGGAGGAAGGUCCGAUUGACUCUCAACCUCUUUGCUAGCCUCAUCCCUCUGAGCAUCGUCACUUCCUCGUCUCUGCGUUCUGUUCUGGCCUCCUUCGCGGCUGUGCUCGAUGAGCCUGGCGUUACGGCUGCUAGGGGUGACCGUGCGGCCAUGUGCAUCAUUGAGACCAUGUGCCGAGCCGGCCAAGACCUCGCGAUCGUCGGACCAUCGGCUGAUGCAUCGACCGAAUCAGCGUGGGGAACACUCGACGACGUGGCUCUGCAGGACCUCGACCAGCUCGUGAGCCGAGUGGAAAAGUACUGCCACGAAUACCGCAACGUGGAGAAGGAGCUUGUGAGGCCGUUUUCGUCUCGUCGAAAGGACGCGGCUGCAAACGGGCAGGAUGAAGAGAGUGACGAUGAGGAUCUCUUUAGCGAAGAGUCCUUUGAGACGGCCGUGGCGGCCCUGUCGAAACUCAAAGCCCAGGGGUACAGAAAACCUGCUUGCCUGCCAUCGGCGCUCGAUCUAUUGCCUGCUCCAAUCAUUGAGAUCAGCAAGAGGACACCGAUCGAAAAAGUUAUCAAUCUGCCCGACAUCCUCGUCCCGCCCGAUGAUGACGACGAAUUCGGCCUGUCGAUGUAUCCUAGCAGCGGACCUGUGGCUCAGCAGAGCGGGGGCGGCAAGCGAAGAGGCAAGAAGAGGGCCAACAACAACGAAGAGGAGAAAUAUCGGGCAGGUGCAGGCAUCGAAAGGAUUCCAUGCUUUGGCAGAUGGUUCAAGGGGACCGUUCCCGACGCCGACUCGCCAGCAAAUGUGGUGCUUCGGUCGAUUGUCAAUGACAUCAUUGACCUGUACGAGGUCAAUCGAAAGGAGUGUGCUCGGAUCCUCUUCGAUUCGGCUCGAUGGCUGCGCAAGGGGACAUUCACGGGAAAAAGCACUCCACCCGAGAAGGGCAUCUUUGGGCAUGCAGAUGAUCUGUGGCAGACGGGCGAGGAUGGCGAGGUGCAAGGCGGCUGGGUAUUGGACGACUUCAUCGUUGAGAGCAUCCUAUCUUCGGCCCUCGCGAUGCCGCUCCCAUCGCAGAGACCCCUGUACUACACUUCCCUUCUUCGCGAGGUCGUCGCUCUAAGUCCACAGAGUGUGGCGCCGGCCAUGGGAAAAUCUGUCCGCCGCAUCUAUCACGCCAUGAAGACCGGCCGACCCGAAGGCGAGGUCAUUCACCGGUUCGCCGAUUGGUUCAGCAUUCAUCUGAGCAACUUCAACUUCAGCUGGGCAUGGAAGGAGUGGAUUCCAGACAUGACGCUGACCAACGCCCACGCGCAAAUGGCUUUUGCUCGUCGCAUCGUCGAACUUGAGCUGCGGCUCUCUUACUUCCAACGGAUCAAGGACACCCUGCCUGCGGAGAUGCAGCAGCGCCUGCUGCCUCCUGAAGAGCCGGCGCCCAAUUUCACCUACGCCAAUGCAGAGCAUCCUUUCAACGAGCGAGCCAUGGCCUUGAUCCAGUCUUUCCGCGCUCGGGCGACGGCUGAGGUGAUCCUGGCCGAGAUGGAAUCUUUCAAGCGCGACAUCACUCCCUCGCAAGCGUUCCUGCCCUCGGACGACACUGACAAAGUUAAGGUCCGAGACGAGCAAGAGGCCGACUUGGUCAUUCGCGACAUUGUGAUUCAGGCCAUCCUCAACAUCGGAAGCCGAAGCUUUUCGCACUUUCUCAACGUCGUCGAACGAUACCACGCCCUGCUCCGACAGCUCUCAUCGACGCCGGAUCUUCGUCUGGCAAUUCUGGCGAGCACGGCGCGCUUCUGGGCGCACUCGAACCAGUGGAUCACCAUCGUGUUUGACAAGCUGCUCCAGUAUCGCAUCGUUGAGCCGGCCGACGUCGUCGCGUUCGUGUUUGAGACACCAAGACCGCUUCCGGCGGUGGUCUUGCAGGAAGAGCAACCGCAAGACGAGGCCCGCUUCGGCGGGUAUCAACGAGACUGGUCGUCAAUGCAGUGGUACGACGUGAUCAAGCUCACCGUCGAGAAGGUCAACGGGCGCGUGGACCAGGUGCGGAAGAGGUUUGAGCGUCUUGAGCGGGAGGAGGCCGAAGAGGCUGAGCGGAAAGAGGCGGCCAAAGCUGCCGCCACUUCUGGAGUGGACGGCGAGGAAGAUUCAAAGAUGUCCGAAGCGAGCAAGCAGGAGAUCUCAGAAGCUGUUCCUGCGCCGCCAAAACCAUUCUUGGCGCCUGAGGAGAGUGUCAACCCCACGCCUGCACAGCCGCAGAAGAAGCGCGAGGGCACAGCGCAGGAAGCCAAGACGGCUCUCGAGGCUAUCCAAGCCGAGCAGCGCAAGGUGCUGGUGAAUGCCACGAUGGGCUUUGUCAAGCUCCUCAAGGGCAAGGAUCUGCGCCAGCUUGAGCAGGUCAAUGCGGACCAAGAGAAUGACGAAGCCACUUGGCAGGCGUGGUGGAUUCGUGCCUGGUACCGCGACUACCUCCGCGCGUUCAACAAGCAUCUCGUCGCGACGCACGAGACCAUUGCCGCGUCUGUCUUUGCCGAUGUAAGCGAGACAGACAGCGUCCGCGACGUGUUUGAGCGGGCAUGCCAAAUGGCCAGCGAGUAGACCAGCCCCUUGCUCUCUGCUGCUCCAUUAAAAAGAAAUGCUUGCAUUAUGUCUCCUUUUCCCCUCUCUCUCGCUCUCUACCCACACAAUGGGGUAAUUACUUUUACAGUUCAUGAAGUCU